AGGCAUCCUGCUAGUUGGGUUUUUGCUUUCUUCGCUGCGGAUAUUGUGAUCGGCUCCUGUCGCCUUGUUCCUUCGUUUCAUUCCGUGAUAAUUUGAAUAUCUACGAGAAAAUGGCUGGUGACAAGCGUCCCCCCGGACCGGGUCAAAAGCCCGCCUUUAAAGUCGCGGACAUGUCGUUGGCUUCAUGGGGCCGCAAAGAAAUGACCCUGGCAGAAAAUGAGAUGCCGGGUUUGAUGGCCCUCCGACAGAAGUACGGUCCUUCAAAGCCGUUGAAGGGUGCCCGCAUUGCAGGAUGCUUGCACAUGACCAUUCAAACCGCUGUCCUCAUCGAAACCCUGACGGAACUUGGCGCUGAAGUCCAGUGGUCAAGCUGUAACAUCUUCAGUACUCAAGAUCACGCAGCUGCUGCAAUCGCAGAAACCGGUGUCCCGGUGUACGCGUGGAAAGGCGAAACUGAGGAAGAGUACCUAUGGUGCAUUGAUCAGACUCUGAUUUUCGCCGAUGGAGAACCCCUCAACAUGAUCCUGGAUGACGGUGGUGACUUGACAAACCUUGUUCAUGAAAAAUAUCCAGAUCUGAUGGCUGGCGUUCGUGGAAUUUCCGAGGAGACCACCACCGGUGUUCACAAUCUGUACAAGAUGCUGAAGUCGGGAUUUUUGAAAACACCGGCUAUCAAUGUCAAUGACUCCGUCACAAAGAGCAAGUUUGACAAUCUUUAUGGUUGUCGUGAGUCAUUGACGGAUGGUAUCAAGCGAGCCACCGAUAUCAUGUUGGCCGGCAAGGUAGCUGUUGUCGCUGGUUACGGUGACGUGGGUAAAGGAAGUGCGCAAUCUCUUCGAGCUUUCGGGUGCCGCGUUCUCAUAACGGAAGUCGAUCCCAUCAAUGCCCUGCAAGCCGCCAUGGAAGGCUACGAAGUAACCACCAUGGAAGAAGCCGCGUCAAAGGCGCAAAUUUUCGUCACUGCAACCGGAUGUCGAGAUAUUGUGACGCAGAAGCAUUUCGAGCGAAUGCCGGAUGAUGCGAUCGUCUGCAACAUUGGACACUUCGACCACGAGAUCGACGUCAAAUGGCUGAAUUCAAAUGCCGUGGAAAAGAUCGAGAUUAAGCCGCAAGUGGACAAGUACAAGCUAGCUAACGGAAGACACGUCCUUCUCUUGGCUGAGGGGCGACUUGUUAACUUGGGCUGUGCGACUGGACAUCCUUCCUUUGUGAUGAGUAACUCGUUUACGAAUCAGACGUUGGCACAAAUCGAGUUGUGGACGAAGCAUGAUCAGUACAGCGUUGGAGUUCAUAUUUUGCCGAAAAAGUUGGAUGAGGAAGUUGCUGCGCUGCACUUGGAUAAAAUCGGAGUGAAACUGACGAAGCUCUCGGAAGUGCAAGCGACCUACUUGGGUCUGCAACAGGAGGGUCCGUACAAGCCUGAACAUUACAGAUACUGAUUGAUUCAAGUGUGACCUGAUGCACCGAAUGAAGAACAUGAGAUGAGUGUGCGGUGACGCCUUCGGUUCGUUCUGCGGAUUUUAAAUGAUUCACUUGGCAAUCUAGGCUCAUUUGGGUGAAGUGCUGCACUCGUGGGGUGUGGUGGCUGAAAUGAAGUUGAUUCACGAGAAA